CGCGCUGGCGGUGACGUCAUCAGUGUACCUGAGUUUCGGGUCGGAGAGAGAGAGAGAGAGCGCGUGACUGACCGGACUCCGUGUGUGUGCGCGCGCGCUCUUUACGUGCUGUUAGAGUGUGUGUGUCUUUGUUGAAGGUGGACAGAUUCUUUAUUCACACAUAAAUCCGGAGUUUGGUGUAACUUUCUAACUUCCUGCUUCCGGUCUCUCUCAGGGAGAUGUCUGUUCACCCUCGGCGUGUGCGGCUGAAGCCGUGGCUCGUGGCUCAGGUGGAUAACGGGACGUUUCCAGGUCUGGUGUGGCUCGACCGUGAAGCCAAGCGUUUCCAGAUUCCAUGGAAACACGCAACACGACACACGGCUCAGCAGGAGGAGGAGAACACCAUCUUCAAGGCAUGGGCUGUAGAGACAGGAAAGUUUCAGGAAGGUGUAGAUGAACCCGACCCGGCCAAGUGGAAAGCUCAGUUACGCUGCGCGCUCAACAAGAGCCGAGAGUUUAACCUCAUCUACGAUGGAACCAAAGAAGUUCCCAUGAACCCCCUGAAGAUCUAUGAUGUGUGUGACAUCCCCGCCCCCCUCAGUAACCCAGGUUCCACAGGAUCUGCUCCUACAUAUGACUCUGAUGGUGAAGAUGAUGAUGUUCCUGAUACACCAGAACCUCCACCACCUCCAUAUCACCCACCAGUGGGUGGGUCUCCUCUGGCCCCACCUGUGUGGACUUCCCCAGGCUCCACCUCCCCCAUGCAGCCCUCCCCUCAGGUGUGGCCUAAGAAAGAGCCUCAGGAUGUGGAGAUGAGCGCACCAGCAGCCAUGGAGAUCCAACCUGCAUCCACCAUGGACACACAACCCUUAACUGACAUGCUGUUCACCACACCAGAGACCUGGAUCAGCUCUCUGCCCAUGACCGAUCUGGAGGUACAGUUUUAUUACCGUGGUAAGGAGGUGUGUCCCACGGUGACGGUCAGUAACCCGCAGGGCUGCAGGCUGUUUUACGGGGACUUGGGGCCGAUGGUGAAUCAGGAGGAGCUCUUUGGCCCCGUGAGUCUGGAGCAGCUGCGUUUCCCGCCCACUGAGCACAUCACUAACGAAAAGCAGCGUCUUUUCACCAGCCGCCUGCUCGACGUCAUGGACCGCGGCCUCAUCCUGGAGAUCAGCGCGCACGACAUCUACGCCGUGCGUCUCUGCCAGUGUAAAGUGUACUGGUCGGGUCCGUGCGGUCCAAACGCCAACGCGCCCAACCUGAUCGAGCGCCAGCGCCGGGUCAAACUCUUCUGCCUCGAGACCUUCCUCAGCAGUGUGAUUGCUCACCAGCGUGGUCAGUCUCAGUCUCUGCCCCAGUUUGAUAUUCACCUGUGUUUCGGUGAGGAGUGGCCUGAUGGACGUCCCAGAGAGAGAAAACUCAUCAUGGUGCAGGUGGUCCCUGUGGUGGCGAGGAUCCUCACUGAGAUGUUCAGCUCAGACGGAACGCGCUCCUUCGACAGCUCCAGUGUGCGUCUGCAGAUUUCUGUCCCAGACAUAAAGGACAACAUCGUCACUCAGCUCAAACAGCUGUAUAGCCUGCUGCAGAAUCACCAGGGCAACGAGGCCUGGCCCCUCCCAUCGGCUGGACCCGCCCACCUGCACCACCCCUUGCAUGCUCAGUGACCCCCAAACACACAAACACUUUCAUUGUAGAUUUAUAUCCUUUUAUUUACUUUUUUGAAGUAUUACUGCUCUUAUUGUUUUGUAGCAUUGAGUGUGUUUGUGUUUAGAGUUUAUACAGCUGUCAUGUUUGUUUAUUACACAGAUGUUUUAUGCAAAUGAGAUAUUUUGACACUAAAGGUAUGUAUCUUUUUUUUGCUGUUGACUGGCCUGUCUGUGGGUGGGUGUGUCUGCAGGUGGGCGUGUCUGAGGUCUUAGUGUAUUCGCUUAUUGCAAUUUAAAUCCUUUGUAAGCUUUUCUUCUAGUGUCGCACUCUUUUUCAUCUGAUCGGUUAAACACGAAUGCAGUUCCCUUUUACCAUUGUGCACUGUGUAAAGUGUGUAACGUGGUCAUAGACCUUAAGGUCGCUGUAGUCUGGGGACUGUCCUGAUUCUGCUGUUGUUCCCUUCCCCCACCCCCUACUUCCUUCUUAGGCCUUUAUACAAGUACAUCAUGUAACUUUUGUCAAAUAACAAUAAAGUAUUUAUCUAAACAA